AGCAUGUAACUUAAGUUAAGUUAAUGUCAUUUUUCUCCAAUAAAUAGUGUCCAUACUCUAGCCACAGAACGUGGCUAGAGUAUAGACACUACACUAGCCGUCUUCCAUACAUCCUUAAUGAUACAUGAUUUCAGUGUUUACAUUUUGACAUUAACCUCUCAUCAACAAAUGUCCUUCUGAUUCUGUUUGUUUCUCUCCCCUUCUCUCCGCAGCCUUCUCGGAGCACUACUUUCACCGUCGUAACGACCAGACUUAGGCACGAUGACGUACUCUCAAAGAAUGAUGAAGGCCCUCGCAACUUUCGGCACUUUGAGCGUUUUCCUCCGAAUCUGUGGUCAGUGUUUCCAAAUGGAUUGCAACGCGACGCUCCCUUGGAACAUAUCCAGCCAAGACCACCUGGCAAUACCGCACGAACGAAUCGAAGAGCUGUUGCGUUGUCCAGAGGGACAGCAUGGUUGCAGCGCCUUGCCAGUCAACUGCACGGAGGAGCUUCUUGCCGUUACAUGCAGUUGCGAGAGAAACUGCGAUAUCUACGGAUCUUGCUGCUGGGACGCUGAUGUACACGAGCCGCCUGCUUCACGAGCGAAAUGUACUUUCCGUGAACUCGAGAAUGGUCUCACCAGGGAGUUUUAUGCUGUCUCGGGGUGCAAUCGUGACUGGCCGAAGGACGACAUGAGGAUGUCGUGUGAGAAUGUUACGAGUGAACACGAUUCGUUUUUCUUUAUACCGGUCACCACCGAGCGACAGGUCACAUACUUCAACGCGUUCUGCGCCCUCUGCAACUACGAUUUGGACAACACGUCUAUAUUUUGGAGCGCCUCUGGAAAUGACAGUGAAGAUUUAACAGUGUAUCCACCGCAGUACGCUAUGGACAACGAAAAUACCUUCUUCUGGCCCUGUGAUUCGACUCUGGUGAAUGUUGACGCUUGUCCCGAAGGCUCGGACGCAGAGAAAACGCGAAGAUGCUCGACUUACUUUGCUCCAGUAGUGCACAAGCAUGAAAAGUCUGAAAUCGAUAGAUCUGAGAUCGUUUACAAGAACGUCUACUGUGGCCUCUGCAAUGGAGCCGAUAUUUCGUCCUUAAGGUGUGUUCCGAUGCAGGCUGUUCGCCAAUCAGGGAAACGUGACUCUUUGUUCCUGGAAGGACCUGAUAUAAUGAGGCUGAUAAGGCCUGUAGAAAGCCAAAGUUCAUGUUUCGCGUGGCACAACCGUAAGUGUUACAUAAAGGCUCCUCAAUAUCUGUUCGCAAACUCUUCAACGGUGGACACAGGCGUCACAAACACUACCACCACAUUACGCCACAGAUACGAUGUGAGAGACUUACUCUCAACCAUCUGCAUUAGCUUGUCACUCGUGUGUUUGUUCUUGAAAGGCGUCGUGUUCGCCUUUUACAAGAGCUCGCGGACGUUCUCUUCCCGUUGUACAAUGUGUCUUUCGGUGACGCUCUUCUGGACACACCUGUUUUUCCUCCUAGCGAACAGCUUGGCUGUGUUCGAGCCAUACUGCGCAGUUUUCGCCCCUCUUCUUCACUUCGGCUUCCUCUCCACCUUCUUCUGGACGAGUGUGCUUUCGUUCGAUAUCUGGAAGAACGUGGUGACCGCCAGGCUUUCUUCGAGAAAGCGCAGCGGACUCGUGGUCUAUGGCUUUAUCGCCUGGGGAGUGCCCGCACUUGUUGUGUCUGUGGGUAUUCUACUAGAUCGGGUUGCCCCCAACUUUCCCCUUUCGCCAACAUACGGACGUUAUUCCUGCUGGAUCGGCAGUAGCUUGAACCAGUUCGUGUUCUUCACCAUGCCAAUGACCCUAUUGCUUUUGUUCGACAUUGGUUUGUACGUGCACAUUGUCGUACACGUACGGAAAACAGCAAAGCGCGCUGCUGCUUUCGACUUCAAAGGUGGUGACAGCAUGUCGAAUAUGGCGCUUUUCGUGAAGCUCGCUUUUAUUAUGGGCAUUACGUGGAUUCUCGCUUUUAUCAACCUGUUCUUCGCCAUAUUCGUACUAGACAUCGCCGUCAUUGUUCUUGUCGGGCUUCAGGGUGUGUACUUGUUUUUCGGAUUCAAGGACUACGCGUACCUGCUUCCGAAGAAACCGCGCAAGAAGAAAGGUGGGUCCGCGACCGCAUGUCAGACUGCCAAUACUGAUAUGCCUUCGUUUCGUGAAGAAACGAGCCCCCGUGACGUUGCUCACCCAGCCCGCCUGCAUAGCACAAGAAUCAGAUACGAAUAAAAAUUUAAACCUCCAUCACAUUCUCCUCUCCUUUCUUUACUUGUUGUUGUCACUUCUCUGACGUGUGGAUUUGGUUUCGGAUGCAUAUUUCACGAACAUGCAACUGGAAACAGUAACGUCUCAUGCCUUUGUUUAACUGUAUCCUUGAUCACGCAGCGAUUUGAGCAGGAAUAGUCCCCAACCCGCCCAGCUUUCAGCUCCACUGCAACAGUGGUUAUUUGCACAAGCUUGAGCCUAGAAAAAUGUCUCGGUCUAGACAGCUCGCCCUCCAACUUCGCAAUAUAUAUUUCGAGCACCAUGGCUAACAUAAUUUUCGGCCGCUCAGGGGCCUGCGAGUGGUGGGCACGCUCGGAAGUUGGUGAAGUUUCGUCAAAAUUGCGCGUUGAUCAAAACCCAAGGAAGCGUCACAUAAAGAUAAAAAAAAGGGGGGGGGGGGUCACCCGAACUUCAAUACCGCACUAUGAAGUUUGGGUGAGGUUUCGAAGCUGAGGUGAAGUUUAUGUAGGAUGAGGGUCAUGACGCCCUCGUGAGAAUGGCCAUGUCUCUUCAUUACUGUCAUUGCCCUGAAGCUACGACAUGAACCAAAGCAGCUUGUCAUUCACUAGCUCCUCAAUUGACCGGAAUUGUAGGUACGAAUGGUGGGCCUUAUGCAUGCACGGUUUUUUUGUUUGUUUUAUUUGGUAAAACUUUAUAUUCGUUCAUAUUUAAUCAAGUUGAUAAAGAAAUCAGAAAAUAUUCGACUUUCGGUGGUCAUUUUCUCGAGCAUUCGUACGCAGUUCACUUCCUAAUCUGCAUUAUUGGAACACCUUUAUUUAAAUGCAUUGUCCUUCGGGUGAAAUUCUUUUUCAUUUUUAUAUUUGU